GCCCUCAGUCGUUUCGCUCCAAAUCGAAGUCGUUCCGCUCCCUUGGACCUUUUGUUUCGAAUGUUGGGGAUUGAGAAAGUACCCCGUGAGAAAGUGCAAGUGGUAAAGAAGAUGUGCUUUCAAGGGUUGUCAAAUCUACACAGAAGGAAUCUUUUGGUCCUCUACUGUGUGAGCUUUGAUUUUCUUAGCGAACUGACGUCCGACAAUGACCAGUUCAGGUGUACCUGCAAUGCUACAUGUGCAUUCCAUUGCCAUUUGUGUGUAUCACAGUUAUCUAUUUUUGGACGAAAUUCCCUCACAAACUUUGGUCGAUUGUCGAUUACCAUGAUUACGGAGAGAACAUCUCAUGUCAUUAAGCCAAUAGACCGUAUGCGAAAAUACAUAUCGGCCAUUUUGAAAAUACCCUUUUCACAGGCAUCUUAUUGAUGGCUUAUAGGCCUAAGGUCAAUUGUGUGAAUGUCAGAAAGGUUUGCUUGCCUUGUGGCUUCUUCUCGACAGAUUGUCCACGCAAAAGAAAAUUCUGCAUGAAUAAUAUGAUUGGUGUCUCAGGUACUGUGAGGAGGAGGGGAGGGGGGUAGCCAGUAAAAUCACGGGCUGUGCUGUGGGAAUUGUGAAGGGGUGGUGUGGAGUAUCACCACAACGUUGAUACGAUUACUCGUCGUUUCAGCAGGCAUGACUUGGGACAUCCAGUGACGCAGGAAAAAAAAAAAGUGACGGUACACUGGUAAUAAGUCUUCAAUGUCUUUUCAGUACAUGGUCAUGGUGAAAGAUGCCAGACAGUGGUGUUAGAAUCAUCUUCACCCGUAACCUUGUUAAAGGCAAUUCUAUGCAAUCUUGACUUAGAAUCCAAGUCCAGACAACUGAUCCUUCCUUAUAAUCAAUGAAUGUUGUACAUUGUAUGUAUGAUGAUUGCCUUUCAGUUUCAGGGUCUCGCCCAGUCUGCAACUGACGUUGAUUCUCUGGCCUGUGUGAUCCUACACCACACUGGCAGCCACGCUGUGGAGUUGUUGAGAUAAAACCUUGGUUCGGAGGAAAGAAUACGCAGAAUAGAAAACAUGAAAGUGCCUAGUCAGAUAUUAUGCUUUGAAAUCAAAAGACCUGCACAGUGUGGAAAAUGGGCAGCCCAGUUCCAAGUUGUCAGAGCCAGUUAAACCUGUUAGUCUUUGGCUAUGGAGAUUGAUGUUACUCAUGGGGGUGGCAAUAUAUGGCUCCUACACCAUAUUUGUGCAUCUGUGUGAAGUGGAUGGAAAGAUGCCAUUUAGUUCAGCUUCAAUGGUUCUACUCACAGAAAUAACCAAGCUUGUUAUUUCCAUUUGUAUGUUUAUACCUGAGAUCCGUGAGAAAGGCUUCCAGAUGCCCCCAUUGUCAUUUGCAGUUCCAUUCGCUGUACCAGCUCUACUCUACUGCAUCAAUAACAACCUGUGUGUUCACAUGCAGCUGCAAAUGGACCCAGCUUCAUACCAGGUCCUCUGUAAUCUGAAAAUCUUGUCCACAGCCUUCCUGUAUAGACUAAUCAUAAAACGGCGCAUCACUCCCAUACAGUGGACGGCGCUUGCAAUGCUUGCCGUGGCUGGAGCCUGCAAUAGUUAUGGUGGCUUUCACGCCAAGGCUACUGGCACCAGUGCUAGUAUUAUCCACAUUACGCACCUAGGACUAGUCAUGAUAUCCUGUUAUUGCUUCAUCUCGGGGCUCUCUGGUGUUUACACUGAAUAUGUACUGAAGAGGCACUACCAGACUUCUCUCCAUUUACAAAAUUCUUUGCUUUAUACAUUCGGUAUUAUGUUGAACGGUGGUGCUUGGGUUACUGAGGCGAUUUACUCAAAAGAAGCUGACAGCUUCAACCUGUUUAGAGGAUAUUCUGUAUACACUGUCCUGAUAAUAUUAUCACAGGCUAUGAUUGGACUGAUAAUGUCGGCCGUAAUGAAGCACGCGAACAACAUUGUGCGACUUUUCCUCAUCUCGACGGCCAUGGUAGUCACAACAGUUCUUUCCAUGCUCAUAUUCAAUCUACAGUUGAAUGCGUAUUUCUGUGCAUCGUUUUGCCUUGUCUUUAUUGCUCUGGCACUCUAUCAUAAGAACUGAUUAAUUCAAGGAUUCGGAUUUGGACACUUGAAAGUGUUCCAAUUGGCAAUUUUUGUCUUGUUAUCUAUGGUUUGUCAGUGAGCGGUGCUUCUAAUGCCUGUGCUUCCAAGCCAGUUGGUCAAUCCAGGGUACUUCCAAUGCCUGUGCUUCCAAACUAGUUUGGCAGUCAGAGGUGCUUCUAAUGCCUGUACUUCCAAGCCAGUUGGUCAAUCCAGGGUACUUCCAAUGUCUGCGCUUCAAAGCUAGUUUGUCAGUCGAGGGUACUUCCAAUGCCUGUGUUUCCAAGCUAGUUUGUCAGUCUAACAUACUUCCAAUGCCUGCACUUCCAAGCUAGUUUGUCAGGCCAAGGUACUUCCAAUGCCUGUGAUUCCAAGCAAUGUAUCCGGAAACGUUGGUGCCAUCUAUGUUGCCUGGCCUUUGGCUCUUCUUCUCAACCCCCAUCUUUCAAAACCAAUUUAGUUGUUAAGGUUUACAGAUUGUCCCAUUGUUUUUUUAAUUUUAACAAUUAUACCUAGCCCUGGUAAAAUACUUAUAACUAGAUUGAAAGAUAUUGACAUAAAUAUGGCAAAAUACUUUAACCUUCACCCAGUAUCUUACAUUGUAAGAAUUCCUACUGCAUUUCCAAUCAAUGUGAGUGAAUAGUACGACUUGAUUGGAUAUAUCAAUUUUUUUGAUUAAUCAAAUGAAUUAUGAUUUCCAGGAUUUUGUAGUGUAUUCCGUGAGAUUUGUUCUUUUUGUAUUUUGUUAGUGUCUUCCCUGAGAUUUUAUCUAUCAGCUGUUCUGUUUUAAGUGUACUGGUAGUAUUGUUAUUGAAUUGCUUGAAUCUCUGGAAUAAUCCGUUCUCAAACUUGUUGGGAGUAAAAGAUGUGAAGUUUGACGACACAUCUUUUUCUGCAUCUCUAACGCCACACACUGCAGAUUCGAGGCACAGAUGUGCAUUUAAUCAUGACAUUGAUUUGAUUUAAAGGAUUGUGUCAAUAUAACGCUGCAUCAGCGCUUAUGAUAAUGAGAGGGUCAGAGUGGUGGUCAUCGCUCAUAUACAUUGGUUUGCAAACAGUAUGUAUAACAUUUGUGGACUUUUUCUGGUUCAUUCAAGAAAUACCGUCAUCCAGUAACAUCAAGUAAUCUAUACUUGGUAACAUGUGGAUCACAAUUGAUUGCCGUGUACCUUAUGCUGGAGGCACAUAUUGUCUUGAUUGGUAAAUCGAAAAUGCCUCAGCUGAAGUGAAAUAUUGAUUUGGUUCAUUCUUAAAUGGAUUUGGCAGCUGUCCGUGUUCUCUCAAGUAGCUAUAUUUGAUAAACUCAGUAACACAAGUCCUUUUAUUGAUUGUGACUGGAAUCAAUGGGACAGUAUCACAUUUCUGUUCUACUUUCCUCUCUGCACAUCUGUUGAUGUUGAUAUUGGCAGAAUAUUUACAUGGAUUGCAUUACAGGGUACAUUUUCAAACAUUCCUGAAGAUUGUCAUUUGUUUGGGGAUGGUGUUAGUGGUCAUUUUGUGACCCGAAGGCGUGCUCAGCUCUAAACACAUAUGACAUGCUUUGCUGUCAUCACGUGACCAUGGAUGACAUAAUGAUGGUGUUACGCCAGUGCAACACCACUCACCUGCUUCUAAGUCUGUGUAUUUUGGAACAUGACUUCACAGGGUUCUGGCUAUAAACCGAUAUGACAUGUUUGUUUUGUCGUCCAAGACCACCUGCCUCCUGAAAUGAUGCUGGUGAUGUCAUCCGCAUGUUAUGUACUCUCUUAGCUUGUGUACACUGAGUUUGCAACUUUUUUACAUGACCAAAUAUAGAUUUGUUCUGCCACCUUACCAAAAUCUGGUUUACUUUUGUUGCUUUAAUCAAAUGUGCAGGUUGAUACAAAAACACAGUGGGGUGAAGUUGAUAUUGUGUUGUUAAAGUAUUAAUUUGUUGAUGUGUGUAGUCGGUUAUGUAUGUGUGACGUUGAUAAUGUUUUUCUAGUGCAGUACUUCUGAUUUCCUUUUGUAAUAUAUAUCUAUUCAUGUUUUCGUGCAAUACUUCUGAUUAUUUGUGUGAUAUGUAUCUGUUCAUGCAUUAGACGAGUGCAGUACUUCUGAUUUCCUUGUGUAAUAUAUAUCUAUUCUAUUCAUGCUUUCAAGCAAUACUUCUGAUUUCCUUGUGUGAUAUAUAUCUGUGCAUGCAUUAGACUAGUGCAAUACUUCUGAUUUCCUUGUGUAAUAUGUAUCUGUUCAUGCAUUAGUGCAAUACAUCUUUGUGCAAUAUGUAUCUGUUCAUGCAUUUGAAGUCUUGUACACUCAGUUAGGUCAAGAAAUUCCAUGUGAACCAUUACUAAAUGAGGGGGUCAAAAUUGAGUAAGCUUUCCCUGAGAUUGGGGGUGGGCGGUCAUUCUAGAAUAAGGGUACAAACUCCAACCCUGAAUUUCCUGAGUUGAGGGGUGGGGUAGGGUUGUACAAUUCAUAAUCUGGGGGUGAGGGGGCACACCUUGAUUUGUAUGAAGGGAAAGGGUGUAUAGUAUAAUGCUUUGAAAUGGAAUCUUUAAAAAUGGAAGUGUAAAAACAUGCUCAUACACACAUCAUGACAUAUAAUGUUUCCUACGAACUUUUGUCUAAGUCAUGAUGGAGCUGCAGCUACCUAUUCUUCAUGUCAAAACUCCCCAGUCUUAUGUUUUGAUAAUGAGACACUUUUACAAAUCAAAAGCUUUUUACAACAAUUUUAUUUUGUGUUUACACUGUUUAACACAAUUCUUAAACCUACAGCCUUCCAAUCACAAGUCAGAUGCUCUUCCAUGGUACCAACAUGCUCUCUGACUAACUACAUUAUCGUUAUUAUGAUUGUAUGCAGUAGGUAUGGAGUUGGAUUUAUUGUAUUGUGACCUUUUAUUACAUUACUGUUACUUUACUUAAACUGUUACUUUAAAUCAACUGUUAAAGUGAUUACAUGUAUGUGUGAUUAGAAAAUAAAUCCAAAUUUAUAAUUAAA